UUCUGGUAGCCUAACUGAAUGUUACUCCACUGUUGAAGAUUCUCAUCAUGUCAGUUUUAUCCAGAGAGACAAAGUUCAUAAAAGUUCUGAAAUAAUAGCAGCAAGUAACGAGAGCAAAGCAGCAAAUCAUAGAGGAAGACCCAAAAUCCCCAAAAUGUCAACAGCACAUACAGAAGUUGUAGAUGAAACAAACAGUUCCUAUCAGUAUUCAAAAGAACCUUUUAUAUUCAAGGAGCCUCCAGUUCCUAAAGAUUUUACUAAAAAUUCAUCUCUGCAGCAUUCUGAGGAAGGUUUUGCACAGAAGGAGAGUACUCCAAGCAUUCUGAAAAGCAAGAGAAGCUUGAUACCUUCUACAUUGCAAAAGCAUGUCGUGUUUAAACUGCCUACAUCAUUUGCAAAUUCUGGCGAUUCUAGUUCAGAUGCCUGUACAUUUGAGGUUGUUGAUAGUGACGAUGUUUUUGAAGAGGUAAUGCACCCAGGGAGAAACAGGAAUGUUUUGAAAUAUAGGUCUCUUGUGAAGAAACCACUUGCUAACGUCCCUCCAAUGAGGAUUUUUACUGCAUCUGAUGGAGAAGUCAAUUGUUCUAAAAGUUCUGAGAAACAAAUGCUACUUUCACAAGGUUCAACAGAGUCAUCCUCGUGCACUAAAACUGGGAAGUUCUUUCAUGACAGACGGCGUAAGAGACCUUUCAAGACCUAUGGUGCGAAGAAGUGUGCAGCCAGUGGAAAUACCUCCCUUCCAUGAAGCAUAUCUCUUAAUUAGGAUUAUCAUUUUGAGAAGAAAUUAAGUAAUCAUAGACUGAUUAGACUACUGUUCUGAAUUGUAACAUAUUAUUUAUGCUAGCACUCUAAUGUAACAUACAAGACAUUAUUUCUUAUCAGCAAAUGUAAUUUAGUAGCUGAGACAAAGCAGGAUUUUGUUUUUGUGUCUGAAUUUAACUGUUCUUUAAUAUUCAUGGGUACUUGUUUUAGUGUCAAGGAAAAAGUUCACUCAAAUAUGUUACCUUAUUUCUGUUAAGAAUUCAUUUGUUUCCCUGUUGGAGAUAUAUUUGCAUUAGUUUUAUUGUGUUAGGUGCAUAGUUUUACUUUCAUGGUAAAGGAUAGCUUUAUAGAACAUACUAUUGGUGUUUGUCAUUUGAGUACUAUAUACCCUACCUGUACAAGAUUUUGGCUGUUAUAUAGGGUUUUGAUUUAAAAAUAUAUUUUAGUGAAGUCAGUGUUCAUGGAAGUAACUUUUCAUUUUAACAGAAUAAUGCUUAUUUGCUAUUACGUGCAGUGGCAAUAUUCACGCUUUCCUUACAGAAUAUUUGAAAUUUGUUUUGCCCUGAGUAUAAAUGGGAAAUGUCUUUUUAUGGAAAAUUUUUAUUUACUAUUGUACAAAAUAGUAAUCUUUUUAAAAUGCUUUACUUGAAAUAAUUUGCACCUUCAUUUUCACACAUUAAACCUCAAGACUAAUAAAAGUUACUGAUACCUUCAUUGAUUAAAAGUAUCCAUGUUAGAAUACUCAUAUUACUUUGUUU